GGCGGUAGUAAAUGGCUUAGCCCUGUAAAUGCUGCCGCUCGCUCGGUAUUCUCCUGCAUCUCUCCCAACAGGCGCCGCAAGGUAUUCCUCCGGGGAUGAGAUUUUUCUAGGGUUAGGGUUUUAGGACGUCUCUACGCGUUCUAGGGUUUUAGGAGAUUCAUACUAGGGUUAGGGUUUUGGUCUUUCGUUCAUAUGUUUUUAGGGUUUCGAUCGUCUCCCUUUCUAGGGUUUUUUUUCUCUCCCUCUUGUUCUUCUUAGAUCCUUUGCAGAGAUCCAUGGCUUCUCUGAAGUCGAUUUCUGCAUCCAUUCAAUCCGUUCCUUCGACGAAGGAGAAGCUUCAAAAGGCCUUUGAAGCCCUCCGAUCGCAUUCCGAAUGCCUCGCUUCCUUCAAUCUCCAAUGGCAGGAUCUUGAGGAUCACUUCGCUUCGAUCGAGAAAUCGAUCGAGCAGCGCUUCAAGGACCUUGAGUCCAAAGAGCAGCAGGCGGCCCCUGCUGCGGCGGCCGCUUUCUCCUCCGCCGUCGAGCUUGAAUCGUCGGAUGUUGUCCCACGGCCCAAGCUGAAGUCUCUCUGCGCCAAUAUGGAUGGCCAGGGCUUGCGGUUGUUUGUCAUUGCACAUCGUAAAGAUCUGCAGGACAUGCGGGAGGAGCUCAGCGCGGCCCUCCGGACUGCGUCAGAUCCCGCAAAAAUGGUGUUGGAGUCGAUGGAGGGUUUCUACCCUGUGAAAUCGAAGGGCGAUAAGGACGUCCAGCUGGCUGCAGUCCGACGUACCUGCAUUCUUCUUCUUGACCGGCUGAUGUCGAUCUCACCGGAGAUCUCGAAUGAUGUAAAGGAUAGGGCCAAGAAAUUGGCUGAGGAAUGGGAGGGGAAGGUUAGUAAAAAUGGUGAAAACCCUUUAGAGGGCGUGGCAUUUUUGCAUCUUCUGUCGGCAUAUGGCCUGGUUUCUUCUUUUGAUGUCGAUGAAUUGUUGGAUAUUGUUGUUUUCAUUGCUCGGCGGAAGCAGACUAUUGAUUUGUGCCGAUCACUUGGGCUCACGGAGAAGAUUCCCGAUCUUAUUAGGAAACUAAUAAGCAAUGGGAAGCAGCUUGAUGCUGUUAACUAUGCAUAUGCCUUCGAUGUUGUGGGGGAGUUCCCUCCUGUGCCUCUUCUGAAGGCCUACUUGAAGGAAUCAAAGAAGGUAGCCCAAGAGGUCUGGAAAAAGGGAAAUGGCUCCCUUCAGGCAGAGAAUGAGGCCAUUGCUAAAGAACUUGCUGCAUUGAGAGCAAUAAUCAAAUGCAUUGAAGAGCACAAUCUCCAGUCUGAGUAUUUGCCAGAAGGCCUUGAAAAGCGUAUUGCUCAGUUGGAAAAGCACAAGGCAGAAAGGAAGCGACCGGCACCGACGAUGCCAAAGACCCAGCAACAGCAGGCUGCAAACAAGCGUCCCCGACCAGCUUUGGUGGGCGCGGCUGGCCCCACCACUCUAACUGCACCCCUGGUUGCACAAAUUAACCAACAACCACAGCAUUUGUCUAGCCUGUUGGCUGACCGGGUCUCUCCGUACCUGCCUUCAGCCGGGCUUUAUGGCUUGGCAGGGCCUGGUGCAGGAGCUUCUGCACUCUAUGACCGUCAGGGUCCCAGCUAUCUAGGAUCACAUCUGGGUUAUGUUGGGGGCAGGAGCCCACCCAUGUCUCAUAUCUACUCCACAGAGCUAUCAUCUAGCUUGUAUGAUAAGCCUGUUGGUUACAGUGGUUACACUGCGUCUGGUGGCAUGCAGCAUGGAAGUCUGCAGCAGCCUUAUCACCAAUCAUACUAUCCUUAGAUGAGUAUGGGUUUCAAUUUUAUUUUGUUCUUUAAUUAUUAGGAAGGAACUUGUUUGUUAAUCUGGUAUGGCUUGGUCUGCCCUAGGGCACGGCCAAACCUUAUAUUUGACUACUUACCACACAUGGUGAUGCAUGGUGCAACAUGGUCAAUCAAGUUCAUGGUCAUGGCUUUGUCAUGACAGUAGUUCAUUGGCCAACAACAGCUUUGGUUUAUUUAUAUAUGUUUUCUGUCCAACUAGGUAAUGGAGGCCUUUACAGAUUUUAAUUCAGUA